AUGACAAGGGCCGAUGACGGAAGCUCAAGACGGAGCCAUAUGAUGCGGAAGUCUCACGUACGGUUCCCUGAGAAGGGAGUGGCUACCUACUGGAGCUUCGACCAACCACCACCGAUCAAGGCAGCAUAUCCGUUUUUCCUUUAUACUUUACUUGGAUCUAUUUUUAUGCUAUUAGCUAUUCUGUUGAUUAUUUUCCAAACAGGGACCGCCGAUUUACAAAUAUCAUUAACCACAGAAUUUAGUGAGCGGCGCCAAAUAUUUCUAUGGAUUGCUUCUUUCGCCGCUUUCUCCGUCAAAAUGCCUAUGGUACCAGUUCAUAUUUGGUUACCCGAAUCUCGUGUAGAGGCACCUACGGCAGGAUCCGUCAUCUUGGCAGGAAUUCCUUCAAAAUUGGGAGCCCACGGGUUUUUAAGAUUUUCAAUACCCAUGUUUCCCGAAGCAACACUUUGUUCCACUCCUUUAAUUUAUACUCCAAGCGCGAUUGCUAUAAUAUAUACUUCCUUGACCACUUCAAGACAGAUCAAUCUUAAGAAGAUCAUUGCUUACUCCUCAUUAGCCUAUAUGAAUCUGGUGACUAUUGGUAUGCUUAGUCGGGCGGUGGCCGUUAGGUCACCUAUUUUUAGUUAUGGACACAAAAGACAAGGCCAAAACAUGUGUGUCGGGUGUGCAACCCAUCAACCUACUAGCAAUGGGGGAGAAAACAUAGCAUGUCGCAACAAAAUCUUGAUUCAAGGCGUCAGAAAAACAUUGUCGUCUGUUCCAAAAACAAAAGCCCCUUAG